UGUGCCGGCACCUGUUGUUAAAGAAGAAGCCCACAUCAAAGAUAACGUCACUAAGCAGACAAAAACUGCACACGAUAACAGUGGCGGAGUUUGGAUACAACCAGCACCACUUUUUGUGGAUUAAUUUUGCUUUUUGACAAUUCAGCGGAGUCGUCUUUUGACGUUUUUUUACUUGGCUACUUUGUUUCCGGAUACUGCUGCGGCAACCCUCGCCCCGUGCUGGAUGUGAGCCCUGCGUUGAAACCACUGGACCAAGGAAGCAUGCUGGCUGCCAUCCAGCACCACAGCACUGGUGCAAGAGCCGGAGGCGGCAGUGGUGGAGGUGGAGGUGGCGGUGAUGGAGGUGGCAGUAGUGGAGGCGGCGGCGGAGGAGAAACCACGGUCCCCCUGGGGAGCUCUCGCUUCUCGAUCAGUACGACGACGGCCGGGAGCGCCUCCAUGUCGACAAGGGCCCCCGAGGGCCCCCCGAUGCACUCGCGGAGCCUAGACAACUCCGCCUCGGACCCCAACUACAUCUGGCAGACGGUCGACGACAUACGCAAGUUUGCCGAAGUGUUGCUUCAUCUGAAAGAGGCCUUCAACUUCGCAGAGCAUCCAGACGGCCUCCAACAAGUGGUGGACAAACGUCUCGACGAGAUGCUGGAGGUCCUGAAAGGCAUCAUUGGCAAACACGAGAGCCUCAACUGGGUGACAAUUCACAGUACAGCUGGAGCCGUCGCCGCUUUAGUCAAGAAAGUGAAUUUUAAGGAGGUGAACGAGAACAACAAGCAAAGCCUUUUCAGCGAGAUCCACUCUGCAAUCGACCAGUUGGCAUACGCCAUCAGCAAUGUAGUGUCUGACUUCUUUAUGGGAGAUGUAGAGAACGGAUUGGGGCUCCCCCUAACUGAGAAGAGCACGUCUUUUGACAACCCCCCUCUGGAAUCCAGAGGAUCCCUAACCCCUGAGAAAGAUGACCCGCCAGGAUCGCCAACUAGGGUGGAAGAGGUGGACAGGACGCUACUGCAGCAGGACAACGGGGUGGAGUUAGCGCUACGCUACGCCAAGGCCUGGUCCAAGUACACCAAAGAAAUGCUGACGUGGGUAGAGAAGCGUUUUAACAUGGAUGUCGAGUUGGCAAAGUACUACUCCAAAAUGGCCGAAUCCGCCAAGACCCUCGCAAGUCAACAGGAGUUCAUGCCUUUCUGCGAGAUCUACACGGCCGCCUUCAAGAAUGACAUUGAAUACAGCAAGCUGAUACGGAGCACCGCAGCUGUCCUCCAAAGCAACAAAUACGUGCAGCCUCUGACGACUCGGAAAAACGAGCUGGACAAACUACGGAAAGAGAUGAAAGAGCAGUGGCAGAGACAACAAAAGAGACUGCAUGAAGCACAGAGUGCUCAGAAAAAGGCUGAGUUGCAGAAGAGCCAUCGUAAGGACGAGUACGAUAAGGCCAAGGAGUCUGCCAGCCGGCUGAAGGAGGAGCAAACGGGAGGACCGGGAGGCGCGGUAUGGCUCAAACAACGGGAGAAGCGACGCCGGCUGGAAGAGGAAGCCCUGCAAAAGGAUGCUGAGGCGAGGCAGCACUACGAUGCGUGUUGUAUUGACGUUAAGAAAAAGACGGUGGAUCUGGCCAAGACCAAGAGUGACAUCAUUACCCAGCUCCGAAAGAUGGUCUUCCAAUGCGACCUCACCCUCAAAGCUGUCACAGUCAACUGGUUCCAGCUCCAGCAGGCCCAGGUGGCGGCGCUCCCCGUCAACCACCAAAGUCUGUGUGACCACGCAAAACUGUACGAGCCCGGGCAGCGCUACGUCAAGUUUGUCCGGAGGGUUUCAGCCAAUGGGCUGGAUUCAUCGGGUGGAGGAAUGUCUCUCACCAACCGCACACUGAUUGGCAGCCAUUCAUCCUCCACUAACCUGUCGCAAAGCUCCGUGACAUCCGACCUCCUCGGCGUAGACGAGGUGGACGGAUCCAACGUCGGCCAACAAGCCAAGACGAGCGCUGACGCCCGAGCAGCGCUCCAGCGCCACUCCACCAAUUUGACGAGCCAGGGCGGGGGGAUGUGCAGCGACUCUGAAAGCGCGGGAGGGAGCAGUGAGUCCCGGUCCAUUGACUCGCCCACCGCUAGCCCAGGAGACUUCAUGAGGAAAAUCCCCAGAACUCCCUCCACUGGCACCAUGUCGUCUGCUGACGACUUGGAUGAGCGAGAGCCCCCGUCGUCCUCUGAUCAUUAUACAAGUGAAGUGGUCAUGGAGGACGCCAACUCUCCGGGUCCUUUUAGAAACACGCAGAUGUCCAAAGCUGCUCAAACCCACAAGCUGAGAAAGCUCCGGUCGCCUUCCAAGUGUCGAGAGUGCGAUGGCCUCAUCGUGUUCCAAGGAGCCGAGUGUGAGGAGUGUUCACUGGCCUGCCACAAGAAGUGCCUGGAGAGUCUGGCCAUCCAGUGCGGCCAUCGGAAGCUCCAGAGGAAGCUUCAGCUUUUUGGCGUCGACUUCACGCAGACGGCGAGCAACAGCCAGGACGACAUUCCCUUCAUCAUCCGCAAGUGUACGUCGGAGAUCGAGACCCGAGCGCUCAACUUGAAGUUUAUCUACCGCAUCAACGGGGCCAAGUCCCGUGUGGAGAAGCUGUGUCAAGCGUUUGAGAACGGCAAGGACCUGGUGGAGAUGUCCAACCUUUACCCCCACGACAUCAGCAACGUACUCAAACUCUACCUGAGACAGCUCCCAGAGCCGCUCAUCCUUUUCCGCUACUACAACGACCUUAUCGGUCUGGCCAAAGACAGCCAAAGUGGAAUUGGGGCCGAUCUGGAAGCAUCUCGCCUGAGUUCCUCCCCGGUUCCUCCGGCUCAGGUCAGCGUGGAGCUCAACCGCAUCCUCUUCAAGAUCAAAGACAUCCUGAGGCAGCUGCCGCACGCCCAGUACAAGACCCUGCAGUUCCUCGUAGAGCAUCUGCACCGGGUGACCGAGCAAUCUGAGGAAAACAAAAUGACCGCGAGGAACCUGGGGAUCAUUUUUGGCCCGACACUCAUCAAACCGAGGCAGACGGACGCCGAGGUCUCCCUGUCCUCGCUGGUGGACUACCCCUACCAGGCGCUCAUUGUGGAGCUCAUCAUCAGGCACUAUCAGAUGAUCUUCGACACUCCUCUCAGCCCCUCGGAGGUCGGCGCCCGCCCGAUACCCGCCACGCGCCUGACUCCGCAGGACAAGGAGCGGAGACUGAGCAGGUACUCAAAGUCCGCGGGCCACGACCAGGAGACCAGCGCCAAGGGUUUUAGGAGACACUCCUUCACUCCGUCACGCUUAUUGAACGAGUCAGCAGACACGGUGCCGACCUACCCCAGUGGCUCUGAAGGAAAGGGAUUUCAAGGCGCAGAUGAACCGGAUUCAAAGACCUGCAACGGCGUUUGGCCCCUAAGUGUGACCGACCCCCCAAAGCCGAGCGAGCGCGGCCUCACCCGCUCGCCGCACGUCACGGCCCCUUCCCUCCGACAGCACCGCCCCAGGCUCGCCUCCCGGCCAGCGAGCAUGCCGGCCCAACAAAGCCACUACCGAGGCAGCGCGGACGACAAUCCCACCUGGGCCGGCGUGGACGAGGACGAGGACGGGAAAGGAGACCGCAGCUUUCAGUCCAUCCUGGAGGUGGACGAAACGGGACCCAAAGUGCGAGCGGGCACGUUACGCGGUCUUUGGAACGCGGAGUACAAGCACGUUGCCUCCAAAGCGGCUAAAACCGUUCCCGGUGCGGACAAUCGAGCGGACGACGUCUCGCCCCUGGAGGACUCGGGGGGUCCCUACUCCGACGGACCUUACAGCAUUCCCGCACGGCCCGGCAGAGUGUUGAGAAGAGAGGACAACGUCACCGUGUUCAACAUGGCCUCCAAGGGCUACCGGGCUUCCCGGACUCUCAACCCCCCGCCAGAAACCUUCUACAAGCCGCCAUCGGCGAGUAAAGACGAGGACGAGAAGGAGGACGUCGAGAUUGAGGUGUCCGUAGACCAUCUGGAGCGGGCGGCCACGUCCCCGUCCCCGUCCCACAGCCCCGACCCGGAGGAAGUGUACAGGCCUCUUUACCAGAGACCAAGGACCAGGUCCAGGCCCCUGCAAGAGGCGGAACAUCGGGAAGCUCACUUUGUUUAACCUCUGGGGUUUUUUCUGUGACAUUGUGCAAUAAGAAUAUGGAAGUCCUGCGUGGAGAACUAAAAGAUGCACUUCACUCUAAUGAUCACUUUGCUUCCCACACAGCUUGGACUAUUUAUCCAUUUGAAAGCAUUUGAUGUGAAUAGUUUCUACACUGUCCUUCCACAUUGACCUGGUUUGUAUACCAAAACAUAUAUCUCUGACUGGCGCGUGUCGCCACGACAACGCAGGAGUCUGUUACCGCCCUCCAAACUGUUACACCCGACCUUUUUAUAUCAAGCAAUAAAAAGACACUUUUGUAUUGACGUGCUCCGCUGCUAAUGAUAUCAAACUGGGGCCGUACUUAUCAAGCUACUUAGAGUGCCACUUUACACUUAAGUCCUGAGAAUUUGCGAAAUUUAGUCCUACUCUCAAACUUAAGAAUAAAAGCUUUUUAUCAACGUUCUUAAGUCUAAGAAUCACUCCUACUCUCCACGGUAUUUAAGAGACCUUCAGAGGUGUCUUAAGUGGUUAGGAGUUGCCAGCAGGGGAUGGCACUGAGGCGAGACGGAACAAUGUUUUGGUUUUUUUGGAUGAC